CUCCUGUGUCUUAACACUGGGUGUUCCAUAUCACUUGGGGACUCUGCCAGAAAGAAGACCAUCACCAUAAGCCACCCUUUAACUUGGACCUCAGACCUCCAGAACUGACUUUUCUUAGGUAAAGACUUCUGGUAUUAAGAAUAUUUUUAUCUCUAAAACAAUCAGCUUCUGGGAGAGAAGAUCCAAAACAUCAUGAAUGACUAUCAGCAAGGGCUGGAAGUUGAUGACAACCUCAUAAAACCAAAAGGCUGGAAUAACACAGGCAUAUCCAGUUCACAGAAUAAUUGGAUUAGCCUGAACCAAAAUGUAAAUCUGCCUUUGGAGGAUGUUGUUAACAGCAUGAGCUUUGAAGAGACCCUGAGUUCAGUUCUACAAUUUUUAGCUCAAGAUGCACAAUAUAUGGACUGCCUGCAACAUCUCCACAGCACAAAGACAAUUAAAAAAGGCUUCCUAAAGCACUGCAGUGCUUCUCCACAUUCAGAUCUUGUCACUCACAAAGAACCAGCUAUGCCAUGGAGCCAAAGUCCAGAGCAUUCACCCGAGUGUCCUCGUGAAGAUGAAGGAAAGGAGGCGCGCAAGUGGAGAGAAGAAGCCAAAGCAGAAGGAGAAGGAGAAGGAGAAGAAGAAGAAGAGAAGCUAAAAGACAACCUGAAAAAUGAAGAGGAACAUGAGGAGCUGUGUCCCAGGAAGAGACCAGUCAGCAAAUCCCUCAUGGACACUCUUUGGGCAAAGUUUAAAUUAAGCGCGUGCCCCACAGUACAAGACAGGCUGUCACUCUCAUUUGAAUUCAGCAUGACAGAUAAACAGAUACAACAAUGGUUUUUUAAAAAGAGGAAGAAGUACAUGAAAGAAUUGUCUGAGCAAAAGCCCAGCAAAAGACUCAAGAAAUAAAAAAGCUUCCAUACAUAAAACUUCUAAGUUGCAAUGAAGUAAGAAGGACCAUAUUGACUGUCAGUUCUAUUUGUGUUUCCAUAGUAACUGAGGGUCCUGUCACUCUUUCAUGUGGCAGCCAGGGGCACAAAAACAAUUUGAUUUACUGCUCGUUUUGCAUGUAGUCGUAUAUCACACAUACACUAUAGGCAUUCGAUUUUUAUUGUUUUGUUUUGCAAUGAGGGAGAUUGUACCUAGGGCUUUGUACAUUGGUGGACACUUAAGUGCUCACCAUUGAGCUACACCCCCAAAUCUUAGAUUUUUAUUGAUUGAAGUACAGAAUUACAUCAGCUUAAGUCCCAAAGUUCUGAAGUUCAAUUGUUGUGUUGGGGAGCCAGAGUGCCAAAUAAUCCUCUCACUUUUUUUGUUUGUUUGUUUGUUUUUGGUACCAGUUAAUUAGCCCAGGGCACUUAACCACUGAGCAACAUCCCCUGCCCUUUAUUAUUUUUCAUUUUGAGACAGGGUCUCCCUAACUUUCUUAGGUCCUUGCUAAAUUGCUGAGGCUGGGUUUGAACUUGGGAUCUUCCUGUCUCAGCCUCCUGGAGCCACUGGGAUUACAGGGGUGCAACAUCACACCCAUCUUCCUCUCAUUUCUUAAAACCUUAGAGGGUCUGCUGUGCAUCUCUCUACCCUUUUGGCUAGAAAGCCACACCAUAUCUGUCUUGGCAAGUACAGGCUAUCCUGGAACCUACACCAAGGGUGUGCAGAUAGAUAACAUUUUUUGAGACUGUCCGAGGCAGACACUACCCUCAAAGAUGGCAAAGUAGUGGCCACCUGGGUGGAGCCCUUAUAGUAUCAGAUAUCCAGGAAAAUCUCAUAUUAGCCCUUGAAGAAGCUAAGAAGGAACUCACUGCCAUAAAUUUUUUUAAAUACUUAUUUAUUUGGUUUUUUUUUUUUUUUUAGUUGUAGUUGUCAAUACCUUUAUUUUAUUUAUUUAUUUUUAUGUGGUGCUGAGGAUCGAACCCAGGGCCUUGCACUGAUGGGCAAGUACUCUACUGCUGAGCCUCAGCCCCAGCCCCUCACUGAUAUACAGUUUGAGGCAGCGAUUUAUUGGAAGGAUUUACAUAGGCUUUCAUGCCACAGCUUCCCUCUAGCAGGCCAAGUAAGUCUUCUGAGGCCUUUAUGGGACAGUUUCAGAACUGACCUUAGUGACUGUGUAGAUAAUUCUGUUAGCUCCAUGCUGAUUCAUUCUAUUUUCUUCUCUCUCUUUGGGACCGAGCUGUUCUUGGUAUGUUUUUUUUGUUUGAACCAUAGCUUUUAUAGCAAUAUUCAAAUUAAAUGUGAAAACUUCAUGAUAGUUCCUAUCUUUGAAAAGUUUAGCAAUAUCACAGUAAUAAUAAGAAUUUUUAUUUCUUGUAUUAGCAGAUAAAUAUUGCUAUUUUGAGUGAUAAUUCCUGGUUUUGUCAAAGAACUCAAAAUGAGAUUUAUGGUCAUUGGACUUUGUAACUUAAUUUGAGUAUUCUAUAAAUUUUGAUAGUCUCAUUUUAUUUUUACUCUUAUUGAGUCAUUUACUGAUGUGUACAACUGUUCCCUUGUAAAAUCAAUAAACUACUUG